AUGUUUGAUUUUAAUACAUUUUUAAAUGAAAAUACAAAUGAUAAACCAAAUAUAGAAACUAAUAAUUACCCAGAACCGGAUAAUGAUGAAUCUAAUUAUAAUAUUGAAGAUAUUAUUAAUGUAUCUAUAGCUGAUAA